AUGACGGACCUGAAUGCAAACGAGAAUGAAACGGGUGCUUCCAAGGACAUUGAGGAGAUUUUCCGAGUCCUAACCUGUACAGAUGAGCAAAAGGUGGCGUACGCCACAUUCAAGCUUACCGGGGAAGCGAAGAGGUGGUGGAUCUCUGAAAGAACAAUCAGAGAAGCAGAGGGAACAAAGAUAGUCAGUUGGCUGCAUUUCAAACAAAUCUUUCUUGAGCGCUUCUUCCCUAGCUUGUUCCGUGAUGACAAGGCUAUGGAAUUUGCCACCUUGGUGCAGGGAACAAUGACGGUACAUCAGUAUGCAGCUAGGUUUACUGAGCUAUCCCAGUUUGCUACUUAUUUGAUUCCCGAUGAGGAAAAGAAGGCGCGCAAAUUUGAGCAAGGACUGAAUGAGAAACUUUAUGAGCGUGUAGUGGGUUUUUAG